CGCCGCUCCCCUCGCACGGCGUUGGGCCGCAGCCGCCGCCGCCCCCUCGGCCCAGCCCGCCGCACGCCCCCCGCUCCGCUCCCCCGCCUCUGGCUCCGCGCAGCGCGAAGAUGGCGGCGUACAAAUUCCUCCUGCCGCCGCUCGGCCGCCGCAUCCUCCUUCCCGCCGUGCGGGCGCGGGGCGCCGGGGCUGAGAUUUGUGGAUGCUAUUUUUCUACCAGCUGUCAUCGCAACACCAAAUUUUAUACUGAUCCUGUUGAAGCUGUAAAAGAUAUACCCAAUGGGGCAACUAUACUUGUUGGUGGUUUUGGAUUGUGUGGGAUUCCUGAAAACCUCAUUGGGGGUUUACUGAAGACUGGAGUAAAGGGAAUAACAGCAGUCAGUAAUAAUGCGGGUGUUGACAAUUUUGGACUUGGUCUUCUGCUUCAGACUAAGCAGAUAAAACGCAUGGUGUCAUCAUAUGUUGGAGAGAACGCGGAAUUUGAACGCCAGUAUUUAUCUGGUGAGCUUGAAGUUGAGCUUACACCGCAGGGUACACUGGCUGAACGUAUUAGAGCAGGAGGAGCAGGAAUCCCAGCAUUUUACACCAGUACUGGCUAUGGGACGCUGGUGCAGGAAGGGGGUGCACCUAUCAAAUACAACACAGAUGGCACCAUUGCCAUUGCUAGCCAGCCAAGAGAGGUGCGAGAGUUUGAUGGCCGUCAUUUUAUUCUGGAGAAGUCAAUUACAGGAGAUUUUGCUCUUGUGAAGGCAUGGAAGGCUGAUCGUGCAGGAAACAUCAUUUUCAGGAAAACUGCAAGAAACUUCAACCAACCUAUGUGCAAAGCUGCCAAGACAACUGUGGUCGAGGUGGAAGAAAUUGUUGAUAUAGGAGCAUUUGCCCCAGAAGAUAUUCAUGUUCCUAAAAUCUAUGUUGAUCGUCUGAUAAAAGGAGAGAAGUUUGAAAAGAGAAUCGAACGUUUAUCAAUCCGGAAGCCUGAAGACUCAAAAGGCAAACAAAAAAAAGGAGACAAUGUGAGAGAGAGAAUCAUCAGACGGGCUGCUUUAGAGUUUGAGGAUGGCAUGUAUGCUAAUCUGGGUAUUGGAAUUCCACUCUUGGCUAGUAACUUCAUCAGUCCAGACAUAACUGUUCACUUACAGAGUGAAAAUGGAGUCCUGGGUUUGGGUCCUUAUCCACUUGAAAAUGAAGUUGAUCCAGACCUGAUCAAUGCAGGUAAGGAGACAGUCACUGUUCUUCCAGGUUCUUCCUAUUUCUCUAGUGAUGAAUCAUUUGCAAUGAUAAGAGGAGGCCAUGUUGAUUUGACAAUGCUUGGAGCUAUGCAGGUGUCUAAGUACGGUGACCUGGCCAACUGGAUGAUUCCUGGUAAGAUGGUGAAAGGAAUGGGAGGUGCCAUGGACCUGGUAUCCAGUGCACAGACCAAAGUGGUUGUCACCAUGGAGCACUCAGCCAAGGGCAAUGUCCAUAAAAUCUUGGAAAAGUGCAAUUUGCCACUUACUGGGAAACAAUGUGUAAACCGCAUCAUUACAGAAAAGGCUGUGUUUGAUGUGGACAAGAAGAAGGGAUUAACUCUUGUGGAAAUCUGGGAAGGACUGACAGUGGAUGAUAUCAAGAAAAGCACUGGCUGUGACUUCACAGUUUCACCAAAACUAAUCCCAAUGAGACAGAUUUAAAUGUGAAAUAUAGACUGGGCUUAACUUGCCAGAAGACUUGUUUCCAGAUGGGAGCUCAGUGAAGAGAAAUCAAUAACUGUUUUGCAAUUUUACUUCUUUCUUUCUUUUUUUUUUUUUUUUAAGGGCUUUGUAAGUAGUUUCCAGCAAGUUAAACCAGGCUGUAACUAUCAUCCUAAAUUGUAUUUUGCUUUCAUAACAUUACCAAUUUUAAUGGAAAGGUGAUUUGAUUCCCUAAAUACUAAAAUGCUAAUGACCAUUGUCCAAAAAAUGCCUUGUAAACUCUGCCAAAUGCUACAUUUUUUUUUACACAAAUUCAGAAAAUGACCACACAAAUUUAUAAUUGCCUCUGCUUCUGCUGAUGUCAUUAAACUUUCAAGUCACUCCAUUGCUCUGGAAGUACAGCACUUAUAUCCAUUCUCCUUCAACAGUGUUGGGUGUUUUUUUGGUGUUUUCUAUAGCACGUGUGCAGCUGUAGAGAGACAUCAGGAAUAUGGACUUCUCUUUUCCUGAACUUUUUAGUAAGUCUGUGAUGUAAUUGUUUAUACCAGUGGAAAUAACCGGCUCCUUAGCCCUGAAUGUAUCUGAUAUUUCCAUCGUGUGUAUCUGUUGGCAUUAAGAAGCCCACACCUCCCAGAGUCCAACUCUGACACCUUCUAUUUAAGUCAUACAAACUAGAAUGAAGCUAGUAUGAAGGAGGAAGAUCAAAAAACCUCUGUCUUCAUGCAGACAACUGGUAGCUGCGCAAUUGUCCGACAUGAACCACUCGUACUCUCGAGAUAGUAUCCGUCUCCCCAGCCCCAUCCAAAGGCAAAUAAAGAGUGUUUCUGGAGUGAGGUCUGUCCUUCUGGUGUUACACAGAGAAACAGGGAAGAGGAUAUUGUGGGAACAGGGAAGAUUCUUCUGAUGGUUAUGUAGUUGGUUAAUGCUAAAAGCAGUAAGUUUGCAUCACUUGCCAAUCAAGGCAUCAGCAAAACUAAAGAGUUGGAAACCAGUAAAGGUAAUUAGAAUGAACUCUAUGAGAGUAACAGAGCACUGCACAGGCUCCCAGAGAAAUUGUAGAGUCUCCUUCUCUGGAGACAUUCAAAACUUGUCUGGAUGUGUUCCUAUGUGAUCUGUUGUAGGUGAUCCUGCUCUUAACAGGACUAGAUAAUCCUCAGAGGUCCCUUCCAACCCCAACUACUCUGCGACUCUGUGAACAACAUGAGACUAUCAAAAAAGCAUGUAAAAUGUAGAUGCAUAAAAAAUAAAAUAAAAAAAAUAUAUAUAUACAUGCCUAUCAUGCAUGUGAUAAGCAGUGUGGGAAUAUGGUAUAGAAGGGCAUUCUAAUACUAGAUGGAUGAGGUAUUUGCCAUAGUGUGUUGUGAAUGUAACACAUUUCUAGGGAACCAGGCAGGAAAAUCCUGCAAUAUUUAGCUCCUGUAUGAGUAUUUGUGCUGCAUUUUUUCAUUCUAAAAUAAGAAAUGCUUCUCUUUCCUGGGACAGUUACAAAAUUUGUCUUGAUCCGCACAUGGGUUUUAUAGCAGUAAAACUGUUUUUGUUAGAAAGAUUAUUUUUGUUUUGUUGCACUUAGUCUAAACAAUUCUUUGAUAAUCUCUUUUGAAUACCAGAAGAGAUUUUCCUUCUUCCCUCAAAGGAGUAAACAAAAUACCUUUGUAAGCACCUUUAUGCUAGUACAGCAUUACUGUCAUAAUACUAAGUUGUAUGAUUUGAACUGAUGGGUGCUAAUGGGUCAUAGGAUGUUGUAUAGCCUGAAUGUAUAGGCAAGACCUGAUACCAAGCCUGUAUGAAAGAAACGUGUUGUACAAAGAUUUCUGCUAAUUUCAUGAUUAAACAUAUACAAAUUAUUUGGGUGACAUGUAGUUUGCACGCAAGACUUGAAACUGCUAGGAUCAAAGUGCUCCAGAGUAUCUUAACCCAGGAUUAGCACAAGUUAGCUUUUACUUAGCUUUAGUUUUAACCUGUUUUAUCUGUUUAGGUGCAUUCUCUAUGUUAUCACUCAUUCCAAACAAGUUAUUUCCUUAAAGUUUGGCCAGUUCUAUUGCUCUGCUCUCAGAGAUUUUGCAGAUUACAGUUCUCUAGAUAACAAAAGUUCACUCUGUUUUGCCUCAGUAUGAAACAGUUUUGGUUUUGGUUAGAGCAGCCCAGAGGCACCUUCCCCAGUCCAUAAAGACACUUCAGUGACAAUUCUGACCCUUGUGGUGAUCUGCACAGCAAAAAAGUUCCUGUCUUUCCUUUUGUGGCGAAGGAUAGAUGAAGAGCUAAUCUGAGGGAAUGGGUGUAAUCUCUGAAGGUGUCAUGUUCAUCAUCCCUCAGAGCUCUCUUAGAGAGUAUGGAUGCUGUUUUCAGAGGGGGAGUAUAAAAACAUGUACGGGGGCAGGGAGUUCCUAUUAACUUGUCUAGUGGAAAAAUGUAUAUUUAAAUAGCUGAGGAAGUCUUAAAUCCAUAAAUGAAAUGUUGAUCUCCUUCAAUUACAUAUGCUACAUUAGUUGCAGGACUGAUUAGUUAAUUACAGCAAACAUGAUGCAAAUAAAGUGCGUGUCUGCAGCGUCAGGUGUAUACUGCUUCUGCCACAGGACUGUGCUUUGCUGGCAUACGCACAGAAGCCAUCGUUGUCAUUAAUAUAUGGCUAUAAAAAGACUAAUGACCUGAUAAUACCUGCGAGUUCAGGACCUUGGUUUCUGAAGCAAAGAAUCAGGACCCAAGAAUUCCCAGGCUUCAGCUUUUCCAGUUCUCCACUUAGAGCCUUGAGAAAUGUCAUCUGGGCUCUUUGCCUUGUCUCCUGUUGCUGGAGAAGGAGAUAACUUUCUUUCCUACCUCACAGGGAUGUUGUGAGGAAUAACCAGCUAAGGUCUGUGCAAUGGGUUGUUUUUUCUCUUCAGCUUGGGGAUAGCAUUUGAUCAAGUGUGUUAAAGAGUACUUGAAGACUGUCAUACAUGCUGGAUAUUUGAGUUUUGUGUCUUACUUACAUUAGUGUUAAUGCAAGAGAGCAAAAGUUACUGCUGAAAACUAGGGAAGAAAGAACAGGCUCUCUCUACAACAGUGGUGCAAAUAUCUGUAUGUCACACUUUUUUUUUUUUUUUAAGACAAUAUAUUGGGGAUAGAUUAUUGGUAUUGUUAUGAAAAUGUCAUGUGUCCGCACAAGCUAAUAGCAACAAAUUACAUUUCCAUUUUUUUAAUUGAUUUGUAAAGUAGGAUUAGAAAUUGGAGCACUCCUAGGCAUUUCCCUCUCUAUGCAUUCAAGUAUGGUUCAUAGUUGCUGUGAUCAGUAUUACAGGGAUGAGAGCUUCUUGUUCCUCUUUGGUGGUUGAUGAUAUGCAUAAAGCUUUAUUGGGACAUCACUGAGAUAAUCCCCUGCUUGACAGCAUUUCACAAUACGAGGACAUCUGACACUCUUUGUUCCAAAUAAUAUGGUGAUUUUGCUAUAUUAUCACAUUGAACUUACUUCACUUUAUAUUUUAUUGACUUUUUUCCCUGAAAAAGCAGAAAAAAUGAAAUACUACAGAAAAUGUAGUUGUACUGUAAGCUCUGCAAACUAAACAUCAAAGUCCUAUGUAUUUGCAAAACAAUCAAUAAAAUAAAGAUUACAAA